UAUGUAUCCCCUAUGCACACACAUACCUUAACUCACACACAAAACUGUACCUCGUGCACACCUGGACUGGAUCUGUAUACUUACAGACAGAUGUUUUCUGCUAAAUUAAAUGAAUAAGGGUCCCAUUCUGGAAGACCUCUUUCCAUGUGAAGUCAACGCAUAUGAAGUGUCUUCCAACCUUUAUCUUUUAUGCUGUAAAAAGAUCCAUGUGGGCAAAGCAUGGAAGUGGAAGAGAGUAAGGACCUUCUGGACCUCAGUUUCCUUACAGGGGAGGAGCAACAAGCAAUAACUCAGGUGUUACAGCGAGACACUGAGCUGAAGGAGAAGGAUGAACAGCGCAUAAAGAAGCUACGUUCAUCUGUCACAGAUCAACGUAUAUUAAAGCGCCUUUCGGGAGAAUGGUUUUGUGAUGUGAGGGCAAUACGUCCUUGGGGGAAGGUGGGAGGAGUUGACAUUGUGCGGGCAUCCAUCAGGAAAAAGAAGAAGACCAGAGGUGAAUGGGACCAAAAUUGGGGUCUGGAUGACAAAGAAGUGAAUGGAGUCAAUGAAAGUGAAGAAUCAGAUGAGGAUGACAGAUGGAAACCUGAAACAAGGUCGGCAGAUGAGUAUUUGCAACAUAAAGUCUCCAGUGAUAUUCAGGACGAUGAAAGCUCAAAUGAGGAUGGGGAGGAUGUCAAGACGGAUGUUAGUCUUGGCCACCAUCGCAUACCAAGUGUUGGAGAGCAAGAUAUGGAAGAGAUAAAUUUGUCGUCAGUUACUGUCACAGUGGGGGAGAACUCUUCAGAAAUGAAUUUGGAUCUAGAAAAUGGCCCAAACGAGGAUGGACAUCGAAGUCUCAAUCACAGCCCAUCAGUGCCAACUCUUGGCAACAAAUCUCUUUCAGGUAGUAUGAUGAGCCUGUUCAGUGCAGGAGAAGUGCGAUCCUUAGAGGUACGUGGCUGGAUCCAGUUUUCGAUACAGUAUGAUCCACCAAAGAAAGAGUUGAGAAUCCUUGUUAUACAGUGCAGGGACCUGACGGCAGCACACAACCAAACUUCUAACCCAUAUGUGAAGUGUUAUUUGCUGCCUGACAAAUCUUCACAAGGCAAAAGAAAAACAAAGGUGAAGAAGAAGAGUCUUGACCCUUUGUUCAAUGAGACCCUCAAGUACAAACUGGAGCGGACAGAACUACAAAGCCGAUUCUUAAACCUAUCCGUAUGGCAUCGUGGGUCACUAGGGAGGAAUCUUUUUCUGGGUGAAGUGGAGCUAGAUUUUGCAUCCUGGGACUGGAGCAAAACACAACACGCCUGGUACCAUCUUCAACCAAGAACUCCCCUGUCACCAGACUUUCUCUAUAGUCGAGGGAAACUCAAUCUAGCGUGCAAGUUUAUUCCCCAGGGGGGAGAUGGCUUAGGCCUUCCUCCCUCUGGGGAGCUCCACAUUUGGGUAAAGGAGGCCGAGCAGCUUGUACCUCACAAGGCUGGGAAUGUCAGCGCUUAUGUGAAGUGUUGUGUGCUCCCAGAUGACAGUCCAACCAGUAUUCAACGCACACGAGUGAUCCCACAUAGCUUGCACCCCACGUUUAAUCACACCAUGGUGUAUGAUGGCUUUCGUGUAGAAGAUCUGACUGAGGCUUGUGUGGAAUUCACAGUCUGGGACCAGGGCACUCUUUCCAGCAAACCUCUAGGGGGAAUUCGUCUCAGCACUGGCAAGGGAAGCAGCUAUACACUACCUGUCAGCUGGAUGGAUUCUACAGAGCAAGAGAAGAAUUACUGGGAAUCAGUUAUAAACAGGCCUGGAGAAUGGGUUGAGGUCACUCUGCAAUUACGACAGAAUCUGACACCACGCUGACCUUCAAGCAAGAAUGUGAUCCAUAAAGAAAAUAGUCACAGGGUCUAAACCCUGCUGAGUUCUAGCAGAUACACUGAGAAUAAUACUUGACCUUCCAUGGACUCCUAAUUCCACUAAUUUUAAUACCACAACAGAUUGAACCACCCAGUUUUACCCUUGGGACUAAAUAUGACCCCCAUAAAGACUCUGUCCCUUUUAUGUUCUCAUAAGCAAAAUCUAAUUCUGAAUGAUCUUGUAAGAGACUCUCAUAGUGAUAAUAGGACCUGGCCCCAUAUGAUGUUCAGUCUCCUCAAGAGACCAAAUCUGAGCUGAUGCUCACCUCCAAUACACGUUAACUUAUGAUUUAAAAUUUUCACACUACAAACUGUGGGAGUUACAGUGUCACACCUACAAUAAAGACUGUCAUUCAGUGCA